AUGAUUGAUGUUAUCAUCAAAGAUAUUGAUGAUACAUUCUUUUCAAUUUUAGUUGAUGAAUCUCAAGAUAUCUCAGUAAAGGAGCAAACAUCUGUUGUUUUACGUUAUGUUGAUAAGACGGGACAUGUGGUUGAACGUUUUAUUAGAAUUGAACAUGUUUCCAGUACUACAGCCGUAUCACUUAAAGCGGCUAUAGAUAAAUUAUUUUCAAGAUAUGGGUUGAGUAUAUCCAGAUUGCGAGGUCAAGGUUAUGAUGGGGCGAGUAAUAUGCAAGCUUUUAUAGUUAUAGCAAAGAAGCAUAAGAAAAUCCAAAAACCCUUUAAUUUGGUUUCUAGCAUGGUGAAUAUUGUUGGAGUUUCUUCUAAACGUUGUGAUAUUCUCCGAGAGAAACAAGAAGCCAUAAUUUCUGAAGCACUCAUUAAUGGUGAGAUUUCAAGUGGGCGAAGUCUUAAUCAACAAAGUACUAUUGCACGUUUUGGUGAUACGCAUUGGGGAUCACAUUAUCGUACUUUGCAUAAUAUUGAUGUUCCUGAUAUGGAUAGUGUGUUUGUACACCCAGGUCGCUCACGACACAAUACUGAAGAAAUGACAAAUUUUCAUCGCUUUCGUGUGGAUUUAUUUUAUUCUGUCAUUGAUAUGCAACUUCAAGAAUUGAAUGCUCAUUUUUCUGAGGAGUUCAGAGAAUUGAAGGGAUUUAGUGAACUUGCAUUGAAGUUGGUUGAGACCAAAAGAAAUAAAGUGUAUCCAUUAGUUUACAUGCUUGUGAUUUUAGGAUUAACUCUUCGAGUUGCCACUGCUUUAGUUGAAAGAGUAUUUUCAGCUAUGAACAUUGAGAAGAAUCGACUGCGUAAUCAAAUUGGAGACCAGUGGAUGAAUGAUAGCUUAGUUGUGUAUGUGGAAAAAGAUGUAUUUAACGAAAUCGAUAACAAGACUAUUAUACGGCGUUUUCAAAGUAUGAGAAGUCGUAAGGAACAAUUGUAA